UUGAACCUCAGCCUUUAUGAGAACUUGGUCUUGGACAACGCGUGCGCUCUCGUGGGAAAAUUCUAAAGACGAUUUUGCGCGAGGCGCUCAAUUUUCACCCGAGAAUAAAGGAGUUUAUUGAUUAAAACGCCGGUACCCUUGCGCGAACUUUUUGAACAGCUUGCAAACUUCUAAAACCGGAUUCUGAAUAUUGAACAGGUGCAUUGCAAAACCCCCUUCUGGCCCGGGGGGUGUGAAGAGUAUUUUUCGCUCACGAUGAGAUCAUUAUUCACCGUAACCGUGUAUUGCAUCAGCCUCCUCUCUUCGCAUCUGCUGGCUGUGCCGGUUAAAACCCCGCUGGAGAUGAACAGGUUGAACUUCAUGGCAAGACCCCAUCAACAAACUGUAGAAGUUACCAUAUCUCCAGACGUAAAAAAAACUGACCGUGGCGUAUCCAUCGACCAUACCAUUUUGUGGAAGGCCAUUCUCUCCAGAUCACCACCUUCAGCACUAAAUAACCCAAGCGAAAUCCAUGGCAGUCAGCCAAUAGAAGGAGAGUCCAAUAAAGUGGGCGAAGCCCCACACCAAAGAGGGUCGAGAGGUCGUCGCCAUGUGUACUCGCGAAAUCAUCACAACCAUCACCAUGGCCAGCUGAUGCGCGUCGGAUGCAUCCUCGGUACCUGCCAGGUACAAAAUCUCAGUCACCGCCUCUACCAGCUUGCGGGUCAAACCAGGCGUGAAGACUCCUCCCCCAUUAACCCCCGCAGCCCACACAGCUACGGAUGAGAUCCCGGCAAAAACGAAAGACCAGAUAAAAUAGCGUAUCAUACCUGUCCUGUUGUUUAUUUUAUUGCGAUAGCUCUGCUGUACUCUUUCUCUCUGCUUUAUUUCCAGUUUCUGUACUGUGCCUGUAUUUGGACCUGAAUUACUUGAUAGCAACUUGCCUUAAUUCCUCCAUCCAAAACGUUAACUUUAGCUAUGAUGUUCUCAGAUAGAUUCUUCAUUUUGAUGUCUUGUUAGAAUGAUAUUUAAAUCUCCUCAGAUAUGAGGUUAGUUUGGACGAUGUCACAUUAUUCCCCAACUCAUUAGAGUCUGUUAACUUCACACAACUGAUCAAACCCUCCUGUGGAUAAGAUAAGAUAUGCAAUUGGAUUCCUUUCAAGCUGAGACUUCUUUUUCCCAAAAGACUCCAAAACACUUUUAAACCAACAAACUUCUAAAAAAGAAGAAAGACAGUGAUUAGUAAUACAUUUCAAGACCACUGUCUAGUAGCUUGCAUGCACUCUGGCAGUCAACAACCACACUCCUCGUUACUGCAACUUUUAGGAUUUGGAAACAGUCGUCUUUGUAAAACCAGUUUGAAAUACUCAGUGGUCACUCGGUUGAGAUUACAUAGAAAUGCAGAAAAAAAAAUCUGGAUUAUUGCUUUGCUGCUUUGUCGUGCACCUUGUGGUCUGGCAUCUGAACUAUUAUGCUUCAUGUGAUUCAUAAAUUCAUAAACAUUACAACAAUGGCCAUCUGAAGUAUAAGGGAUCAUUUCCAAGGUCCAAGGUUUUAACUCUGAAGGAAUCCUACUGGGUUUUGCCACAUUUCAUAAACAAAAGCAAACUCAUUUUCUGGGCAUUUCUUAAAAGAUGGUUAAAACACACCCAUAAAUUCCCAUAACCUAGGUUACAGCUCCAAAACAGAACCAAAAGACCAUUUAUGCUGUAUCCAUAGACAGUAAAAUGACAGCUAUUGCUUGCUAGAAAACGUAUUCCAAGCACCAGUGACUGAGACGUCUUUUUGUUUGGGUCAUUUAAGUCAAUUUAUAAACUCAUUCUUGUUAACCUAAUUAAAGAUUGCAGUUAUACCAAAAUUCAAGCCUUUCAGUGAUAUGGCCUUCCAACGGCACCCUCUAUGAGUGUCAUAUUUUAAGAAUUCCCUAUAUUUAUAAUAAACAGUUCUGAACUCAUGGGUGGAUAUGCACUCUAAAAAUAUUCAACAAUCUUAAGACGAACAGUGUUAAAACUUUCAGAAACUUUCUUUGGCUUUGGGGGUCUAUGAAUGUCCGGGAAUGCUUUGAAACAUCAAACAGCUCUAUGUGUUGCAUGUCUGAGGAUUAAAUAGCAGAAGUAAUCCUUCUUAAACAUCAAAAACUGACUUUCAGAUGAAGUGAGUAUCCAGGCUAUGAAUCUCUUAGAAAUCAUUUAAGAUUUGCUAUACAUAAAACUCUCUUUAAAAACAUCUUUCAAACUUGAUCCAGAAGGCAGAGAUCUACCAAAAAUCCUGAUUUUACUUGAUAAUUUUCUGUGCAUUUACACUAUACUGUAAUUUAAUUGUAAUUUAUUUUCACUGCCAAUAUUAGUAUUUGUCUUUGAACGCUUACAUUUAAUUUCAGUUGGAUUUGAUAGACUUUAUAAUUGCAAAAGGUCUUUCUCUCUGUCUUGCCUGAUUUUUGUGAUUUUGUCAUCUUUAUCAUCUGCUCAAAGGCUCUCUCUCUCUCUAUAUAUAUAUCCAAGCUGUAAUCAACCUGUUUACUGAUUCAUUUGUUUCUGAUUCAUUAAAAGGCUUUUAAACUGCUAUGAGCCUUGUUACUCUGUAGUUUUUGUGUACAUGCAAAGGGAGAGCCUUAUUUGUCUUAUGUUAACUUAUAUAUGGAUCACAUUCCUGUUUUGUUUUAUAUUUAACUAUUUAUUUAUUUAACACUGAGUUGUUGUCGUCAACAUCUUGGUGACAUGGGUUGAGCGUAACAGUUGCGUCAGUACCCUGAUAUUUUUUGUAUAUGUGUGUUUUUUGGAAACACUGUGUCAUGGCCUACUGCGGCUUAUUCUCGUGAACUUUGUCCUCCUUUGAAACCCCAAUUGGUUCAUUAAGGAGAAAACAUUCAUAUUUUCAUACUAGUGCUGAAGGAACACACACAGAAUAGGAAUAUGUGUUGUACGGACUUUAAAAGUUCUUAAUAAGUGUAUAUGUUUGUGUCACCCUGACCAUGAGGCCACCCGAAUAUCGAAUGUUGUAACAGAUACUAAAGGUCAGUUCUGUUGUUAGAGCCCUACAAAGCACUUUAAAGGACGAGCGUGUUUUUGUCACUUGAACUUUAGAUAAUUGAGUGUGAGAGUUGUAUAUCUGUAAUCUGAGUUGAAUAUGUAUGAAUGUAUUUAAAAGGUGCACUGAAUUGUGGGAAAUUUGGUGGAUGCAGUUAGAAUCAUGUAAGUAUUAUUAUUAGUGAUAAUAUUUAAGUUAUUGUAUUUAUAAAUUCAUAUAUCUAUGUCACCAAAGACGUUAUUUAUAGCAUACUGUGUUUUCUCACAGCUCAGAGGUGAAUUCUGGGUAGGAAGAGUAUUUUUUAAUGAAAGACAAUGAUAUCUGUUACUCAUAUACAAUGUUCAUUUUCUCUGUGAA